AUGGCUUCUGAACCAAGCAGACUCUUGCAGCUGCCGCCGGAGAUCUCGACGACCAUCCCACCAUACUUGACCAACCGCGACAUCAAGAGCCUUCGGCUGACCUGCAAGGCUCUGUGUGCCGUUUCACCGCUGCGUUUGGACCGUGUCUUCUUGUCGGCGAACCCGCGCAACAUCGAGGUCUUGCGGGCUGUGGCUGAUCAUCAGGUCUUCCGUGAGAGGGUUGUUGAGAUCAUCUGGGAUGAUGCGCGUCUGAAGGAGGGGCUUGUCCAGAGAAGAUCUUAUGACCCUCAAAGCGCGUACUUUGAUCCGACCUUGAGUGGAGGGUUUGACGUUAUCGAUGAGCUUGAUGAUGACGAUGAGCUGGGGUACCCGGAAGAUGAUGAGUAUGAGAAUGAGGACAGCGACGAGGAUAGCGACGAUGAGGAGCAGUACCCGCGUUGGUUCUUUCUUGGAUGUAAACGGAGGCUGGAGGACAUGGAGAGCCACAAGGGGCCGGAAAUGUAUGAGCCAGACCACGUUGCCCGCGCAAAGCUGGCCGACAACAUGUCGCUCAGGAAACGCUCAUGGCGAUACUAUCAAGAGCUCAUCCGCCAGCAAAAGGAGGUCUUGGCAACCGACGCUGAUGAAGCAGCUUUCAAGUAUGGGCUGCAGCAAUUCCCUGCCCUACGGCGCGUCACCAUCACUCCUGCAGCCCACGGUUUCCUGUUCAAGCCGCUCUAUGAGACGCCCAUGAUCCGGGCCUUUCCACGCAGUUUCAACUACCCCAUCCCGUGCACAUGGCCAGUCGAGAAGUACGAGCAGAAGCUCUGGGAGAGAACCUCGGAGAGCGAGAAGGACACAUGGCGUGCAUUCCGCAUAGCUACGCGGACUCUCGCGGCCUCGAGAAACGCCAGCCAGGCUGAGGACCAGGACCACCAGCAGAAAACAGGCAUCACUGAGAUUAUCAUCGACGUCAGCCAGCUCCUCACCGGCCUCAACGGCCACAUUUUCGACGAGGAGUGCGCCGAGCAGCGCGACCUCGCCACCGCCCUCCAGCAACCCGACUUCCGGCGCCUCGACCUCGCCCUGGCGGUCGGUGGGCUCGAGAACAACGACUGGCGAGCUUUUCGCAGCGGCUGCCUGCGGCGGACGCUGGCGGGAGCGCCGGGACUCGAGCACUUUAGACUCACAACUGACCUUAUUGAACCGCCCGACGAGGAUUACAUCCUCCCGCUGCGCGAAAUCUUCCCCAUCGACACCUGGGCGCGCCUCAGCCACUUCGGGCUCUCACGCUUCCACGUGCGGCAGGACGACCUGCUCUCGCUCCUCGCGGCCCUGCCGCCAACGCUCCGGUCGGUGGAGCUCAGCUUCCUGAUCUGGCUCGAGGGAAGCUACCGGGGCCUCGUCGCUGGCAUGCGCGACGAGCUCGGGUGGCGCGGCCGGCCGGCCGGGCAGCGGCCUCGCGUGGCCAUCGGCCUGCCCGACACUCUGCGCAAGCCUAGGCGCGGCAUAUGGGCCGACGUCCCCCUGGAGCAGUUUCUUUACCAUGACGGGCCCAACCCGUUUGUGGACAUGGGGACUCGCAACCAGAUACCACAGGGCGGCGGCGGGGUUGUCAGGGAUUCGCUUGAUCCGGCAUUCGAGCGGCCUUGGGUCAAGUAUGGGGAGUUGCAGCGGCUUGGCUACAUCCGUAAUGACGUGUGA